AUGGAUCCUCAAAACCGCACCAUUGGAGAGUUUGAUUCACUAGACAUCUUCUUCACAAAACGCCAACCUAUAUGCCCUUUACCACCUACUGGAGAGUUCAAGAUAAGCUCUAAACUCAUUGCUUUGGUGGAGCAGCAUCAGUUUCGUGGCCUAGAGGAAGAGCAGCCCAUUGAUCAUAUUGAGAAGUUUGAAGAAAUCUGCGCUACAAGGAGAUGCAUACAAAUGGAUGAGGCUCUUCCAGCAGGAUCAAUCACUACUUGGGAUGAGUACAAGAGAGCUUUCUUGAAGAAUUUCUACCCAAAAGAGAGAUUAAAAUGGAUGAGAAGAAGAAUCUCAGAAUUUCGACAUGAGGCACAUGAAUCAUUCUUUGAGGCUGUUUCACGGUUCAAGGAGUACAAGAGAGAGUGCCCUCACCAUGGUUUUACAGAGAUUGCUUUGCUAAACUUCUUCUAUCAAGGAGUUGAUGAGAAAUUCAAGAUGGCACUCAACAUCGCAAGUCAAGGGGACUUCAUGACUAAUACUAUUUCUCAAGCCAACAUUCUCAUUGAUAACUUGGCUGCAAGCAACAAAAUUCUUGCUUGA